ACAUCAAAAGUCGAUAGCAGUGAUGUUUAUUUUUGGAAAGUUUGUGUAACUUUCAGUGAAAAUCAAUGCGAGAAUUAUUUCACUCUCUCGCACACGAAUAUUUGAAUAGUCUAUGCUCAGAUUGCCACAUUUUGAGACAAAUUUGCGCAAAAUUAAUUACAAUUUUGGCAUUCUGAUCGAUGUGAUCGAUUCAAUUCUCGCCCAGACCAUUUAGUUCUGGCGAGAUUUGGCUACUUAGCACAAAACAUACAAAACGUCGUUCGCGAACGCAUGUCGAUGGGUCCCUUGAGCAGCUAGCCCGCCUGUGUCCUUACCGAGUCGUCGAGUCGAGCACUUAGAUAGAAGAAGUGCAGUGCUCUCUUGGACGGUCGCAGUCGCGUCCUCGCCGAGUCCAGCAGCUCCUCCGCACCAACGUGCAAUGGCAGAGACCGAAGCCCCCGUGGCCUCCCUCAUUAAAGGCGGCAGUCCUGACGGCGCCGUCAUCUGCGACAUGCCCGUCACUGACCCCGGCUCCACCGAAAGAACUUCGGCGGAGGGUAUCGCAAUCAGCAGCUCUUCGACGGCAGUCGUCUCAGUCGCAAACAGGCUGUUGAACGCCAAUGAGGGCCCUGUUGUGGUAAUCCGCUAUGCUCGGGGAUUCGCAAGGACUCAUGAGACGGGCAGGGCUUCCGGCGCCAUGAAGAAGUCAAAUAGGUACAGGAGCCGCUCACUCUCAGCUUCGUCAAACGACUCUUACAGCUCAGCUUCCUACACCGGCAGCAGCUCAGAUGAAGACGACGUCUCUCCUCGUGAUAAAUCGCAAAAGACUUCCAAGGGCCUCACAGACUUCUGUGUUCGCAAUAUCGACCAACACCUUUUCGGAAGGAGGGAAAUCGAAAUUGCCGAGCAGGAAAUGCCUGGGAUCAUGGCGUUGCGGAAACGUGCGGGCGACGACAAGCCUUUGAAGGGUGCCAAGGUGGUGGGCUGCACGCACAUCAACGCGCAGACGGCCGUGCUGAUCGAGACGCUGGCCGAACUGGGCGCCCAGGUGCGAUGGGCCGCGUGCAACAUCUACUCGACGCAAAACGAGGUGGCCGCCGCCCUCGCCGAGGCCGGCUUCUCCAUUUUCGCGUGGAGAGGCGAGUCCGAGGAGGACUUCUGGUGGUGCAUCGACAAGUGCGUCAACUCGGAGAACUGGCAGCCCAACAUGAUCCUCGACGACGGCGGCGACGCCACGCACCUCAUGCUCAAGAAGUAUCCGGCCAUGUUCAAACUGAUCAAAGGAAUUGUGGAGGAGAGCGUAACAGGAGUGCACCGCCUAUACCAGUUGUCAAAAGCAGGCAAGCUGACAGUUCCAGCAAUGAACGUCAACGACUCUGUCACCAAAACAAAAUUCGACAAUUUGUACAGCUGUCGUGAGUCAAUUAUUGAUAGUCUAAAGAGGUCAACAGAUGUGAUGUUCGGAGGCAAGCAGGUGGUGGUUUGUGGCUAUGGCGAGGUUGGCAAGGGUUGCUGUCAAGCUCUCAAAGGGCUCGGCUGCGUCGUCUACGUCACAGAAAUUGACCCCAUUUGCGCCCUGCAAGGCUGUAUGGACGGUUUCCGGGUGGUGAAGCUGAACGAGUUGAUCCGCAACGUGGACAUUGUGAUCACGGCCACGGGUAAUAAGAAUGUGGUCACCAGGGAACACAUGGACAAAAUGAAGAACGGCUGCAUCGUUUGCAACAUGGGCCAUUCUAACACUGAAAUCGACGUAAAUAGUCUUCGAACUCCUGACCUGACCUGGGAGAAGGUGAGGUCGCAGGUAGACCAUGUGAUUUGGCCCGACGGCAAGAGAAUCAUUCUGUUGGCAGAAGGUCGCCUCGUAAACAUGAGUUGCUCCAGCCUUCCCUCGUUUGUUGUUUCUAUCACCGCAGCCACUCAGGCCCUAGCCCUUAUCGAGCUGUUCAAUGCCCCGCACGGCCGAUACAAGUCCGACGUCUACCUCUUACCCAAAAAAAUGGACGAAUACGUAGCCAGUCUGCAUUUGCCAACAUUCGAUGCUCACCUCACCGAACUAUCAGACGAGCAGGCCAAAUACAUGGGGCUCAACAAAGCCGGUCCCUUUAAGCCAAAUUAUUACAGAUACUAACAUUUGCGAGUGAAUUAUUUGGAAUGUGGCGUGCUGUUGUCAACUCAACGUCAAAUCUUAGAUUGUGAGCUGUAAUCAAGUGAAGUAUUAUUGCCUUUUGUUGAUGUCGACGACCAUUUAAAUUAAUUCACUAAUUUACUCUUGGCUACGUAGUUACUUUGGGGGUAUAGUGUUCAUUUGAUUGUUUUAAUCAGCAUCUAAUAAAAAAAAAACACAUCUUGGGCGUUAAAACUGAGUAGGUAUGAUAAAUAAACAAAUAAAUAACAUAAAUAUAUUUUUAAAUUAGAUCGCGCGUAAAUAUGGUGGGUGUCUUAAAAGAAUCGUAGUGCAGUUUUUUGUGAUUUGUGUUCUUUUAAAACUCGGCAGUAAAUGAUCUUUUGAUAAAUGCUGUCUGUUAGAAAAAUAUUGUAUUUUUAAAAAUGUUCUUAUUUGAACGGUUCUAUCCGAAUAAUGUUAAUUGUUUAUUUGCGGUGCAUUUUUUUUAAAUUGUGCAUUUCCUGUGCGGAACAAACACACUGUUGUUUUCCCAGGCAUCAGGGUGUUGAAUUCCUUUCAACUGCUAGCAGUCGAGUUUUAGAGAAGAGACAACGCAGUCCAUAUCUGACUUAAUGAUGAACGAUGAACGUUAUUUUGUUAUUGACAGGAAAUUGAUUGAUUAAUAAAAAGAAAACAAGAACGAGUCGUAGCCUUAAA